AAUAGUGACGGGAACGUGCUUGCUAUGUUGUGAUACAACCUAGAAAGGAAAGCUUUCAUAGAAAGGGAUGAAACCCGCGAUCCCAAUAACAUAGUAUAUUAUUGAUAAGAACGUUCUUGCCACAAUUCAGGAGUUUAAAAGGGAGCGAUCUUGCUAAAACAACUAGAUGGAAAAUCUAGAACUGAAUCUGUCAUCACUGGGUAUAAUUGCCAGACAUGUUGAAAAAAGUCGCAACGAACUGAGCAAGUAUUUGGCAAAACAGAUAUGGAGUCAGCAGGACCGGCAGGCCAUCCUCUCCUGCCUUGCUCAGCUGCUAUUGGAGAAAGACUACACUCUCCUGAUCGCCCGUCAUCUCAGGCCCCUGGUGCUGGACCUGCUGGAGAGGAACGCAGAGAGGAUAAGCGCAGACCGUAGGAUAAACCAUGACCUUCACGAGCGGCUGUGUGUGGCUCUUAGCAAGCUCCUCAACAUCAGCCCAGAUGCACGGGUGUUUGCUUCAAAGUACUUCAGCAAUGCCCCUCCGGUGUUCCAGAGGCUCUUCUUCACCAGCUCAGAGUCUUCGUCCAUCCAGUAUGGCCCCAGGCGCAUGAAGCUGCGAGACCUGAUGGGGGCUACCCUCCACUUCUUGCAGAGCGACUGCGCUAAAUUCAGGGAGCUGUGGGACUGGAGUGCCUGCGUGUCCCAGCUGCUCACCAGUGACGUCAUGGUCCGAUGGUACACGGCCCAUUGCCUGGCUCUGGUGUCUCACAUGACAGACAAUCAGAAGACCAUCUUCCUGAGAAAAGUGCUGUCGAGUGAGGAGAUUCUGCAUCUUAAAAUAAAGUCUCUUGAGGAAGAACAGCUGUUAGAAGUAGAAAAGGCUCUGGUGUUGGCCAAUCAGGGCUCUGUGAUGUGGCGUCAGGACAAGUGCAACAAGUUCACCAGGGCUCAGGUGGUGUCAGAGGACCUGUCCCGCAAUGUCGUUGCAGUCUGCGGAGUGGUUUUGCCCAAGAAAACACUCAACCAGCAAGAGCCAUGCCUCUCGAAGGAUCUGGUGCUGGUGGAGUCAACAUGCCAGAACCUGCGUAGACUGGCCUUGGCUGUGUCAUCCCAGAAGGCUGUGCUUCUGGAGGGGCCAAUUGGAUGUGGAAAGACUGCCCUGGUGGAGUAUCUUGCUGCUGUGACAGGGCACGUGAAACCUCCGGAAAUGUUGAAGGUUCAACUUGGUGAUCAAACGGACAGCAAGAUGUUGCUUGGGAUGUAUCGCUGUACAGACAUUCCUGGGAAGUUUGUUUGGCAGCCUGGUACUCUGACGCAAGCUGUUUCCCGGGGUCACUGGAUCCUGCUGGAAGACAUUGAUCAUGCACCUUUAGAUGUGAUAUCCGUGUUGCUUCCUCUAAUGGAGAACAGGAAGUUGAUUAUCCCUGGGCGGGAAGACUGUAUUGAAGUGGCCCCAGGCUUUCAGUUCUUUGCCACAAGAAGGUUGUUCUCCAGUGGUGGAGGCUGGUACAGGCCACAGAACACCCAUGCCAAUCUUUUGGACAAGUACUGGACCAAGCUGCAAAUGGGAAACAUGACCAGAGAGGAACUGAAGGAGGUGCUACUUAAGAAGUAUCCAAACCUAACUGUGGUGGUGGAGCGUCUGCUUGACAUCUACUGCCAUCUGACUGGAGACAAACACCAGGCAACAGAGCUGAGUCUGCUGCGUAACCAAGGAAACCCCCAGCAGCCCGAAGUGGGCCAGCACAGGCCGGAAGGCGGGGCUGCGGGGCUGGAAGGGAGAGGGCUGUCCUUGAGGGACUUACUGAAGUGGUGCGAAAGGAUCAGAAACAACUUCAGCAGCACCUCCUCUGCCACAACACACAAUGUCUUUCUGGAGGCUCUGGACUGCUUCACCGCCAUGCUCUCGAGUGCAGAGAGCAGGCAGAGGAUGGCAGAGGCUAUCGGAAGCAGGCUGAAUAUCUCCAAAGAGAAGGCCCAGCACUUCUGCCAGAUGUACCUGCCCAGCAUCACUGUGACCGAGGCGGAGGCCACCGUGGGCAGGGCCAUCCUCAGCCGGAGACAGAAUGAUGUGGUCCGGCUCUUCACAGAGAGGCAGACGUUUGCAGCCACGCGACCCUCCUCGGUGCUGUUGGAGCAGCUGGCCGUGUGCGUGAACAAGGGAGAGCCCAUUCUGCUGGUGGGGGAGACCGGCACAGGCAAGACCUCCACCGUUCAGCACCUGGCCGGUCUCACAGGACACAGGCUGCGGGUGGUGAACAUGAACCAGCAGAGCGACACGGCAGACCUCCUUGGAGGAUAUAAACCUGUCGAUCACAAGCUGAUCCUCCUGCCCCUCCGCGAGGCCUUCGAGGACCUGUUCUCCCAGACCUAUUCCCGCAAGCAGAACGAGACUUUCCUGGGCCAUGUGCAGACCUGCUUCAGGGGCAAACGUUGGCAGGACCUUCUGAAGCUGAUGGACCAUGUGUGCAAGUCCGCCAUCACCAAAGAGCUGCAGAAGAAACCAAAUGCAGCCUUUCUCAAAGACCAGUGGGAGGCUCUGACACUCAGACUGAAUCAAACCCAGCAGCAGAUCAGAGCCAGCGAGUCUGCGCUGGUUUUUGCCUUUGUGGAGGGAACACUGGCCCAAGCUGUGAAGAGAGGGGAGUGGAUUCUCCUGGACGAGAUCAACCUGGCAGCGGCUGAGACGCUGGAGUGUCUAAGUGGUCUUCUGGAGGGUACUGCAGGGUCCCUGGUGCUGCUGGACCGAGGAGACACAGAGCCUCUCGUUCGUCAUCCAGACUUCCGCCUGUUCGCCUGCAUGAACCCAGCCACCGAUGUGGGGAAGAGGAACCUGCCUCUGGGCAUCAGGAACAGGUUCACAGAGCUGUAUGUGGAGGAGCUGGAAAAUGAAGCAGACCUGAGGAUCCUGGUCGCAGACUACCUUAGAGGCUUGAAUAUCCACAAGAGCUCCGUCAACGGGAUAAUAAGCUUCUACUUGUCAGUCCGAAAGGAGGCCCGGUCCCGGCUGACGGACGGAACCGGACACAAGCCACACUACAGCCUGCGGACGUUGUGCAGGGCCCUGAAGUAUGCCGCCGCCAACCCCUGCUACAGCGUCCAGCGGUCACUUUACGAGGGCUUUUGCCUGAGUUUUCUCACCCAGCUGGACCGAAGCUCCCACCCAGUAGUCCAGAAGCUGGUGUGUCAGCACAUCUUGGAUGGAAACGUCAAGUGUGUGAAACAGCCCCUCCCAGAGCCCCGAGGCCUCCCCUGUGUCCACAUGGAGGGCUAUUGGGUGGCCCAGGGGGAGAUGGAGCCAGCUGUAGAUCACAGCUACAUCCUUACCCAGUCUGUGAAGCUCAACCUUCGUGACCUGGCUCGAGUGGUGUCCGCCGGGUCCCACCCAGUGCUGAUCCAGGGGGAGACCUCUGUUGGGAAGACCAGCUUGAUCCGGUGGCUGGCAGCAGCCUCAGGAAACCAGUGCGUGAGGAUCAACAACCACGAGCACACAGACAUCCAGGAGUACAUCGGCUGCUAUGCUUCCGACAGCAGUGGGAAGCUGGCCUUCAGAGAAGGCAUUCUCAUCGACGCAAUGCGCAAAGGCUACUGGAUCAUCCUGGAUGAGCUGAACCUGGCUCCCACUGAUGUUCUGGAAGCUCUAAACAGACUGCUCGAUGACAACAGAGAGCUCUUUAUCGCCGAGACGCAGGAAGUGGUCAAAGCUCACCCGAGAUUCAUGCUCUUUGCCACCCAGAAUCCACCUGGUCUCUAUGGAGGCAGAAAGGUGCUUUCCAGAGCCUUCCGGAACCGUUUUGUGGAGCUGCACUUUGAUGAGCUCCCCAGUGCCGAGCUGGAGCUUAUUCUGCACAAAAGAUGCAGCCUGCCCCCCUCCUACUGCAGCAAGCUGGUCAUGGUCAUGCAGGACCUGCAAUCACUGCGUAGGGGAUCCACGGUGUUUGCCGGAAAGCAUGGCUUUAUUACCCUGAGAGACCUUUUCCGUUGGGCCGAGAGGUAUCGGUUAGAGGAGCAGACCGACUCCUCCCACGACUGGCUGCAGCACCUGGCUGACGAUGGCUACAUGCUGCUAGCAGGCCGUGUGCGGAAGGCAGAGGAGGCAGCCACUAUUCAGGGAAUCCUGGAGAAGCACUUCAAGAGGAAAGUGAAUCCAGAGGCUCUGUUCUCCGAGGAGCGUCUCGCCAGGCAGUUCAGUCCUUUCGUGGAGAGCUUGGCCGACAUGCCCGAAGAGUUCCGGCACGUGGUGUGGACGCAGGGCAUGAGGAGGCUGGCGGUGCUGGUGGGGCGGGCACUGCGUUUCGGGGAGUCUGUCCUGCUGGUGGGAGACACCGGGUGUGGCAAAACCACAAUCUGCCAGUUAUUUGCGGCUCUGGCGGGACAGAAUCUCUUCUCCGUGAACUGUCACCUGCACAUGGAGACUUCGGACUUCCUCGGUGGGCUGCGUCCCGUUAGACACAGGGGGACUGAAGAGGCGGAUUUUGAAGAUGGGCGUUUAUUUGAGUGGCACGACGGCCCCCUGGUGCUGGCAAUGAAAGAGGAGGGCAUUUUUCUGAUGGAUGAGAUCUCGCUGGCAGAUGACUCUGUGCUGGAGAGGUUGAACAGCGUACUGGAAACUGAGAAGUCCCUGGUGCUUGCAGAGAAAGGCAGCGGAGAAGACGACGACGUGGAGCUCAUCACUGCCGGCCCAAGCUUCCGUCUCCUGGCCACCAUGAACCCAGGCGGGGACUUUGGGAAGAAAGAGCUGUCGCCCGCACUGAGGAACCGGUUCACUGAGAUCUGGUGUCCCCAAAGCAAUGGCCGCAGUGACCUGCUGCAGAUUAUCCAGCACAACCUGAGACCUGGACUGUCCCUGGACCACCAGGACCACCAAGGCAAAGACAUCGGCGAGCUCAUGUUGGACUUCAUCGACUGGCUGACCAGCGAGGACUUUGGGCAUCGGUGCAUCGUGAGCGUGCGGGACAUCCUGUCGUGGGUGCACUUCCUGAACCUGGUGUGCGAGCGGGACGAGGGCUCUCUCAUGAUGACGGAGGAGGAAGAGGAGGAGGAAGAGGUGGAGUGGGACCUCAGGCUUGACACGGUGACUGCGUUUGUGCACGCGGCCUGCCUGGUGUACAUCGACGGAAUUGGCUCGGGCACGACUGUGUCUGCAGCAGAAGUCUCCCUGUUGGCUCGUCAGGAGUGUCUGAGUUUCCUUCGGAAGAAACUGGGCAGGAUCACCCACCUGGAUGAGGACAUGAUGGAUGCCUUCAGGAUAUAUGACACCAGCAUGCCCAGGGAGCCACAGUGGGGGGAGGACUUCUUUGGCAUCGAACCCUUUUACAUCCCUGCAGGCCCUGAGUGUGAGGCCCGGAGCCUGUCGGACUACGCCCUGGCGGCAGGCACCACAGCAGUGAACGCCCAGCGGCUUCUCCGCGCCCUGAAGCUCCAGCGGCCCGUGCUGCUCGAAGGGUCUCCCGGUGUGGGCAAGACCAGCCUGGUCGCUGCCUUGGCAAAAGCAUCUGGCAACCACCUGGUCAGAAUAAAUCUGUCUGAGCAGACGGAUGUGACUGACUUGUUUGGGACAGAUCUACCUGUGGAAGGGGGGAAGGGGGGAGAGUUUUCGUGGCGUGAUGGCCCCCUUCUGGCUGGACUGAAGGCUGGCCACUGGAUUGUCCUGGAUGAGUUGAAUCUGGCCUCUCAGUCCGUGCUGGAGGGGUUGAAUGCCUGCUUCGACCAUCGAGCGGAGAUCUACAUCCCUGAGCUGGGCAUGAGUUUCCUAGUACAGCAUGAGAAGACCAAGAUCUUUGGAUGCCAGAACCCAUUCACCCAGGGCGGGGGGCGCAAGGGGCUACCCAAGUCCUUCCUCAACCGGUUCACUCAGGUGUAUGUCGACCAACUCUCCUGUGAAGAUAUGGAAUUCAUUGCAGACUCCAUCUUCCCUGCCAUAGAUGACCACAUCAUCUGUAAAAUGGUGCAGUUCAACAACCAGCUUGUUGAGGAAGUGGUCAUGGAAAGGAGGUGGGGCCAGAAAGGAGGCCCCUGGGAGUUCAACCUGCGUGACAUGUUCCGCUGGUGUCAGCUGAUGCAGGCCGACCAAUCCCCAGGCUUCUACAACCCGGGUCAACAUGUUGGUUUGGUGUACGCCGACCGCAUGAGGACAGAGGCAGACAAGGCCCAGGUGUUGACUGUUUUUAGGAAAGUUUUCGGUGAGGACUUUGAACCUUACACUGGAUCUCGGCAAUUUCACAUCACCCCUCUCAAUCUACAGGUGGGGUUCUCAGUCCUUCCUCGCAGUGGGAGCCCCCCAGUAGCUCUGGACCCCCCGCUCUCACUGACCCACCAGGCGUUGCGGCCGCUGGAGUCUCUGAUGAAGUGCGUGGAGAUGAGUUGGAUGGCGGUGCUGGUGGGGCCCACGGCCAGUGGGAAGACCAGCCUGGUGCACCUCCUGGCCCUGCUGACCGGGCACCGCCUCAGGGUGAUGGCCAUGAACAGCGCCAUGGAUACCACUGAACUGCUGGGAGGCUUUGAGCAGGUGGACAUCAUGAGGCCAUGGAAGCAGGUUAUUGAGAGUGUGGACUACAUGAUUGCCAUGGUGACCCGACGAGGCUUGAUGUCACUGGACGGAGCUCUCCAGGACACAGAGUUCCUAUUGAGGAACUGGAGCGUGUUCCAGAGGUCGCUGAAGGAGGAGGAGCGCGAGCGACCGGAAGGGGGUGUCAGCUUUGAGGCCGUCAACAAGUUGGAGGUCAUCCUCGUGCUGCUGCAGAAACUCAACACCAAGCUGAAGGUGUUCACAGACAUGUCCAAGUUGCAGCUGGACUUCACACAGCUGAAGGAAAAGCAUGCCCAGCUGCAGGACGGGUGGAGCCACGGAGGUUUUGAGUGGCUGGAUGGGAUGCUGGUUCAGGCCCUGCAGGCUGGAGACUGGCUCCUCAUGGACAACGCAAACUUCUGCAGCCCGUCUGUGCUGGACCGCCUGAACGCACUACUGGAGCCUGGAGGAAUCCUUACCAUCGGCGAGCGCGGGGUCAUCGACGGCACAACCCCCAGCAUCACCCCACACCCUAACUUCAGAUUGUUCCUCACCAUGGAUCCCAUCCAUGGCGAGAUCUCCAGAGCCAUGCGGAACCGGGGGGUGGAGAUCUACAUCCCAGGGGAGCACGAGGGGACAUGCUGGGACACCUUGGACCUGAAGACCCUGCUCCACACAGCAGGGGUGGCAGGAGACUGCGUGUGCGAUCUGCUGUCUGCUGUUCACACGGACAUCAAAGCUAGCAUCUGGGAUUCUCCAGUGUCAUCAGUCUCGUCGCUACUCCACGUGGCCGCUCUCCUGUCAGGCCAGCUGCAGAGGGGGGUGGACCUGCCCAGUGCCUUGCAGCAAGCCUGCGCGGAAGUGUACUGCCUCAGCCAGCGCACGUCCACCAGUCAGAAGGAAGCUCACAAGAUUAUUGAGAGGCACCUCUCCACCCUGGACUCAGCGGACUGGGGGAGCGAGCUGCUGUGUGCAGGGGUGUGGCCCGACAGGGUCCCCUCCGCCCUGCUCUCUACCGAAGACUCCUGCUUCUCCAUGGUCCUGCGGGAGAGCCAGAUCCUCUCCUUCUGCCUCAACACCCUCAGCCUGGAGGGCAAGAGGAGCCGACCGCUCACACUCGACGACCUCCAGAGAUCGCUGCAGGGUGGCGGGUCGCUGGAAGGUCACCUGUUUGCCAGGGGCAGCGCAAAGGAAGGAGCGAGCGAUGCUCUCCGUCUGCUCCCCACAGCUGUGCGUCUGCUGACGGAGAGGGCCUCAUACAGCGACUGGAUCCUGAGGACCAGCUGGCUGUCUCACCUGGCCAAGAGCUACAAACACACACCAGACGCGGUGCUCGUCCACCUUGAGGCCGGGACCAAAGCCCUGAAGGCCGUGUUCAGCAGCAAGCUCAGCACGAAGGGCAAGCACCUGACUGAGCUCCUGCAGCCGCACAGCACAGAUGACUACAGGAUUCUGGUGGACAUGCGAUGGAACAAACAGUACCUGGACAUCCUGGCCAACACCUGCAGUUUUGAGGAUGAGGAGAGAUACAUGGAGUUCAUGGAAGCUUUGAAUGCAGUCGCAAACAGAAUAUCACUGCUGAUGGACAGAGAAGAGCAGAGCACUGUGGACUGUGCAGCAGUGAAGAUAUCAGCACAUAACAGCGCUCUGAGGCUGGCCACAGCUUUCACUAAAGGGACUAUGGACUUGGGUCACCUGCCCCACCCGGUGCUGGUGCACCUGCGCUCGUUCUUCGACAUGUGGGACUCUUUUGUGUUGCAGGCCGUGCAGACUGGCCAGCCCUACAUUUCAGACCACCUCAUGUUCGAGAUCCUGCAGCUCCUGCGAUGGCGAGACCGUUUCUGGGACGCCUGUAACUCGCAGGCCCCCGACACUCGGGGGGUGUCUGUCCUCUCCCUGCACUGGCAUUGGGUGCAGAAACACCUCAUAUACAGACUGCCCCAGCUGCUUCUGGGAGACGGCAACUACGAUGGUCAGCAGGAACUCCAGGCCGUGUCCACUGGUAUCCAGAGCGCUCUGUCCAGCUCUUCCUUCGUAGCGUCUGAUCUGAAGGCGGUACAGAAGGUUCUGGGAAAACCACUUCCAUUUAAGCUGCAGUCUGUGGCCGAAUGUGCUUCUCGACUGAGGGUCUUGAGCGGGGCGCUAGACGUGGCUGACCUCCGGCUUGACUGCAGCUUGUCCCUGUGGAGGCAGGAGGUCCUCCGUCUUCAGGGUGCUGCUCUGGGGAUGGAGACCAAGGAAAGUCUGCUGGAAGCCUGGGGCCUUGUCCUGCAAGCCAACCACCAGCUUGAGCCAAUGAAUACAGGUGUUUUGGAAAGGCUCAUUUCCUGUGUGGAGGAGCAACAGGGUCACAUGGUCUCCUGCGGCCUCCUGGAGCCCAACUCUGCAGUUUCGCUCUGCGAGGGGGGCCCCGUGGACAGGCCCGCCCCUGGCCGGGACGUCUUGCUGAAACUGAGCCGCCGGGCACAGCUGUGGCCCCUGCUGGAGGAGCUGGCACUGCUGAACCAUCUGAGGCUCACCGCCAACGUGCUGCAGCUCUCACCCCCGCACGGGGACAGCCAGCCCGAGGGGAGCUUGCGUCGGGAUCUGUCUCAGCACCAUCGCUUCUGUCUGCACUCCACCCCCAUGAACGUGCGGCAGCUCCAGCCCCUCUGGUUCCUCCUGCGCAGCGAGAGGCCAGCAGAGGAGCUGCAGUUUGUCUGGUGUGAUCUGCUGUCGGAAGCCCUGGCGGCAUUCUGGAACACCAGCGUGACCUCCGACCCUGAGCGCUGGUUGAAGUGGAGCCCCCUGUCUUCUGAAGAACAGAAGACCCAACGGUCAAAGCUUGGACCUGCAGACACAGGCCCUGGUAUGGUGAAUCGGGCGGUGUGGUCUAGGUGUGUGAUGGAGGUGCUGAGCAGUAGUGAGGUCGGAGGUCGCUGGGACCCCGCGGGGACGGCUCUGCUCUCCUCCUCACGUGUCACUCUGGGGGAGUGGAGGGAGAGGACCAAACAGCUACAGGACCUCAGCGCCGUGCUGUGGGACAACAUGGCCCUGCCAGCCCUGGCUGACUUCAGGAGCACAGAUCUGCGUCUGCAGGGCGUGGUGCUGCGCCGGCAGCUGCAGGCCCUGUCCGAGCUGCUCCCCCCGGGCCAGCAGGAGAGCUACGCCGAGAGCGUGGAGGGUCUGACCGGGGGAGACGACCCGGAGGCCGCGGCCCAGGAGGUGCAGGUGGCCCUCAGCGACGGGCUGCCCGCCCAUCAGCUCCCAGAAGGCUUCGUCCCCAUGGCCACCACCUGCCUGCAGCAGUUCGUCCAGAACCGUGACAGCGAGGCUGUGCAGCUGGCCCGCUCGGGCGUGUUCUGGGUCAACAUGGGCCUGCUGCAGAUCCAGGUGUGGAGCCCGCAGACCAUCUUCGACCCGGCGGUGAAGCGAGCCUACAAACUGACCUACGCCCGGGAGGAGCUGGCCCUGCUGCAGGAGGAGUGGAGGGGCCGGAGCCUGUCCUCUCAGCUGCUGACAGGGGCAGAGCUGGAGGAAAGCAGCACCACGGAUGGCUUCCAGCAUCCACGAAUCAGGUACCUGUGGAUCCGCAUGCAGCAGGUGAAGGAGCAGAUCGCCGAGCUGUCCCGGAAGCAGGCGUGCCGCCCCAGCGACCCGCAAUACGAGCGGCUGUACCAGGACCUGCAGCACUACCUGGGCAGCAUAGGGCAGCCGGCCGCAGUCAAGGGCCUGCUCUCCCACCUGCUGAAGGCCCUCCCCGGGCCCGGCGCCAAAUCGAGGUCGGGGAUCCAGGGCCUGCUGAAGGAGGAGGCCGUGUGGCAGACGUCGCAGCACCGCUUCGUGCAGAGGCUGCUGGAGGAGUACCCCCUGUACCCGGACGUGGUGGGACCCCUGCGCACGGCCAUCCUGCAUCUGAGGCACGGCAUGAGGCUGGUGGCCUCCCAGCUCUCCGCCUCCCUGGCGUCCCUGCCGGGUCUCCCCAAAAUGGUGUCCUGCCUUCUGGCCUUCCCCGCGCACCCGCCCGGCCUGCCCACAUACCUGGCCCGGGCCGACUACCUCUGCUCCAGGCCCUGCCUGGAGGUCCUCAGGGGCCUCAGGAGGCAGCUCUCUCAGGAGGAGCCCGACAGGGUGGUCCCGGAGCCCUCCACCCUGCUCCUGGUCGCCCUCCUGUACGUGCAGUGCCACGCCCUGUCCACGGGGCAGCUGGGACAGGACACCCUCCAGAUAUUCAGGCACAUCUGUCAGGCGCUGGUGAACGAGUGGGACGAGCAGGAGCGGCGAGCGCUGGAGCGUGAGCGGCUGGAGGCCAGCCUGUACCGCAGCCGCAGCCGACAGCACGGGACAGGCCUGAGUGAGGAGGAGCAGGAGGAGAGGGACUUCAGACGCAGCUUCCCCCAAUACGACAAGGACUUUGCUGACGUGACCUCCCAGCCCAGCCUGGAGCAGCCAGAGCAGGCGGGGGCAGUGGAGGAGGAGCUGGAGGAGUCUGCCGAGGGCGGGUCUCUGUCUCUGGCCUGCUUGCACACGGUGGUGCAGAUCCACCAGCACCUCUGUCUGGGCUUCUCCCGCUCGCUGUGGUACCAGAGCAGUACGCCGGCCAAUCACAGCAAAGAUCACAUAAACGCGCUGGUCUCAUCCUAUCAGAUAACAGCUCCGGUGAUAACGCGCUUCUAUCACCUACUGGAUUCGGAGAUGGACCAGCAGCUGGUGGGCUCCCAGCUGUUCCUCUGCACCCUGCUGCAGAACACGGUUCGGGGUGCCGGGGGCCAGGGGGCCCUGCUCCUGCAGAACGAUGGGCCCUACGACUUCUACCAGCACCCCAACAUGAGCGAGGCGCGGCUCUGCCUGCCCGUCCUGGAGCAGCUGUCCGUGGCCGUGAGGUACAGGCUGGAGGAGUGGCCUGAGCACCCUGCCCUCGUGCAGCUCACGGUGGUGAUGGAGCGAAUCCUGGCCUUCAGCCUCUCAAGCCCUCUGGCCAAGUUUCUCAACGGCCUGGAAAUCCUUCUGAGCAAAGCACAAGACUGGGAGAGCAACGCCAGCCGGUCCGUGUCUCUGAGGAAGGAGCUCGAACCCGUCACCCAGCUCAUCAUCCAGUGGCGCAAGCUGGAGCUCAACUGUUGGUCCAGCAGUCUGGACAAUGCCCUGAAACGCCACACAGAGAAGUCUACUAAACACUGGUUUUCCAUCUACCAGCUGAUUGAGAGACACCUACAGGAGCACAACCCUGACACCAUCACAGCAGAGGGCGAUGUGGAGGACCUGUCUCUGUCCUCCGUGUCCUCCACACUGCAGGCCUUCAUGGAGGGCUCCACCCUGGGACAAUUCCACACCCGCCUGACCAUGCUUCUCGCCUUCCACUGCCACCUGCUGCUGACUCCCACGGCGGAAGGACAAGCCUCUCUCUCUAGCCUCCUGUGGAACUUGUACAAGUACUACUCCCAGUUCUCAGAGAGCAUUCAGACCAAAGUCACCCAGCUCCGGCAGCCCAUUGAGAAAGAGCUCAAGGACUUUGUGAAAAUCUCCCGGUGGAAUGAUGUCAGUUUCUGGUCCAUAAAGCAGUCAGUUGAAAAGACCCACCGAACCCUCUUUAAGUUUGUGAAGAAGUUUGAGGCUGCGCUGAGCACCCCUUGUGCCCCUGCGCUGGUGGAGCAGGGCAGCAAUGCCAGCAUGGACAGCGUGGAUCCCCGUCCAGAGGAGACCCCUCUCCAUAGAGUCCAUCGUGCGCUGAAGAGUGCCCUCCCGGGGCGGGGCAGAGAUCUGCAGGUGGAUGACCAAGAGGAGGUGCCAUCAGGGUUGGAGCCCUUGUCCCUGCAGGGCCGCCUGUCCUUCCUCACCAAGAGGAUGAGGAAGAUGUGUGUGCAGCUAGUGAAGAAGGGCCCACUGCCUGAACUGUCCGAGGAUCUGGACCAAUUCACAGCUGAAAUCAUCACAAAUGUCCAGGAACUCCAGAGCCUCACCGUUGACCGAUCAGCAGAGAAAGAGAGGCAGAAGUCAGAGGUCAAGCACAUUCUCCAGCAGAAGCAGCGCGCCCUGUCCGACCUUUUCAAGAUGCUCGCUCAGAUCGGUCUCUCAUACCGUAAAGGCCUGACCUGGAUCCGAACAGCCGACCCUGAGGAAACACUAUGUCUACAACCGCUGGAUCUGACCACUGCCCUGUCUGCGGCCAGAACCGAGGAAGGGACAGAAUCUACGCUGUUUACCGAGAUGGCGGCUGCGUGGGACGGGUGUCAGAAGUACUUCUACAGGUCGUGGGCCCGGCGGUCUGCACUGCAGACAGCACUCCAGGCCGCUGCCAAGGAGCUGGGCCUGGGUAAUAUAGAGCGCUGUAGAGGCUUCUCCUCCCACCUCUUCAAGCUGCUGCUGAGACAGAGGAGGCGUCUGGCCAAGCUCACGGAGCAGUGGGUCCAGCUCAGGAGGCUCAUCCGCUGCAUACAGGACGUUCAGUCCCACCUGGGAAGUGCCGGGGAGGGGGAGGUCACGGGGCCACUGCCGCCGCAGGAGGCCCUCUUGGGCUGGACGGACCGGGCGCGGACACUGGCCACGCAGAGUGCCGCGGCCCUGGAGCAGCUGUCCUGGGUGCUGCGGUGCCGGCCCGAGGGGGAAGCCCCAGCCGAGGGGGAGGUGAGGCAGGCUGAGCCCACACUCAGGCACCCCUCCCCACUGGACACGCAGUGCCAGCCGGCCGCGUGCCGCACGAGGAGGGGAGACCCGGGCUGGACCCAGCUGAACCAGAGGGUGGCGGGGACGCUGACCCAAACCCAGGCCCUCAAGACGGAGCUGGACGGCCUGGCGGUGCUGUCCGCCGGCGAGAAGACCCUGCAGACCUGGACCCACUUCAGGGUGUGCAGCUCUGUCCUGGGCCGGCUGGGUGCCGUGGCCAGCCUGAUGCUCGACGUAGAGCGGUUCUUCACCCCGCCCGUGCUGGAGGGAGUGGUGGGCAGCCACACCCAGCCCGCUCUGGUCCGCAGCCUCCGCCACGUCCGGGGUGAGGUUGAGGCCAGUUUGGCUGAGUUCAGCACCUGGAGGAUGCAGGCGCUCUCUCUGAGCCACACCCAGAAAGAUUUACCACAGGGCUUCUCCUCCGAGUUCUCCGAUCAGUUGGACAGGACUAUCAACAGCGUGCUCUGUGCAGUACAGAGCCUGGUGAAGAGGAGGGAAAUGCCUGAGGAGGAAGAGCAGGAGUCAAAGCCAGGGGGCCAGGAGGAGCUUGAGGAGGACCUGCUGAAGACGGGUCACCUGACCAAGCUGCUGGAGGAGGAGCUGGGCACGGAGGUGUCUUCCCUCGCUCUGCAGGAGGUCAGCGGGGCACUGGAGCAGCUGCUGGAGAGUCUCAGGGCGCAGAGAGAGACCUGCCCCCCUCAGCAGAUCCAGGAGCUGGACGGGGCCUGCAGGUCGCUGGUGCGUCUGCAGCCCAUGCUGGGGGUGUACUCCGAGCUGGUGCGCUACUACGUGGCUGUGUCUCUGGGGGCCCACAGGAGCACAGGGAAGAUGCUGUCUGUCCUGGCCAGCAUCUUCACAGAGCUGGCGCAGAAGGGCUUCUGUCUGCCUCAGGAGCUCAUGGAGGGCGGUGACGGUGAGGGCGCCACGCAGUUCCACGACAACGAGGGUGGAGGAAUCGGAGAGGGGGAGGGCUGCAAAGACGUCAGCGACAAGAUCGAGAACGAAGACCAGGUGGAGGACACCUUCCAGGAAGGGCAGGAGAAGAAGGAGGAGGAGCAGGAUAAGAGAGACGUCAAAGAGGAGGACAACGCAAUCGAGAUGUCGGAGGACUUUGACGGGAAGAUGCACGAUGGGGACAGGGAGCCUGGGGAGGACGAUGAGGAAGAGUCCGACAAAGAGGAUGAAGAGCUGGAUAAGAAGAUGGGCGACCUCGGCGAGGGUCAGACCGACACACUGGACGAGAGAUUGUGGGGCGAUGAGGAUGGCGACGACGACCUCGACGGCAGCGACAAGGAGGAGGAGUCGGGCCAAGGGAUGGAUGAGGGGGAGUCAGAGCUGGUGGCCAAUGAUGACAAUCUGGGUGCAGACCCCAACAAAGACGAUAAGAAGAGGCAGAAUAAAGACGAAGAGCAGGAAGAGGCUGAGGAGGGGAAGGAGAAAAUUCAUGAGCAGCAAGAUGAGCGGGAGUUUGAUGAGAACGAGGUGGACCCCUACCACGGCCAGCAGGACAAGAAGCCUGACCCUGAAGCAAUGGAUCUCCCAGAUGAGCUCAACCUGGACAAGGAGGAGGAGCAGGCUGGGGAAGAGGAUGGAGAAGGAGAAGGAGAGGAGGAAAAUCCAUUUGACAUAGAGGAGAAGGCCAAAGAGCUGGAGGAUAAAGAUGGAGGCGAAAAAGAGGGAGACGAGGAAGGGGUGGAGGAGAUGGGAGAGGACCAGCAGGACGGCCAAGGGGAGGAACAGGACCCGGAGAAGGAGAACGGCGAGGAGGGUGAGGAGGGAGGCGAACAGGAAGAGGACAAGCAGGCAGAAACUGAAGACACUACAGAGAAAGAGGAGCCAAUGGAGGAGGAGGAAGAACAAAAACAGGGUCAGGAGGUUGGGAAGGAGGAGGACAAAGCCAUUCCUACCGAGGAAGGCCUGCAGCCCAAGGAGGAGGAUGAGGAAGGUGCGGGAGAGGACAAAGAGCAGCCUGAGCCAGUAGAGAGGAAGGAGCACGGCACGGAUGGUCAGACGGGAGAGGAGAACAUGCAGAGUGACACCGCCGUGGAGCUCGCUGGGGCCGCCUCAGAGAGAGACCAGGCUAAGGAGGAGCAUGGGAGUGGGGCAGCAGACGCCAGCCAAUCAGAAGGGCACGAGUCUAAGCUGAUGGCCCGAGUCUCCCUGCCGAGGCAGAGCCAGAGCAAGACUCAGAGCUUCAAGCGGAAGCCCGGCCAGGCGGACAACGAGCGGUCCACGGGUGACCGGAACGAACACGUCAGCAAACGGCUGCGCACGGUGGAGAGCGGGGAGGACCGGCAGCGGGACCGCAACCAGGCCGAUGCACGGCAGGAGUCCGACCUGUACGAGCACAUCAGGGAGGGGGAUCAGGCCUACGACACUCAGACAUACGAUGCUGCCAGUACGGACCAGCAGAAGCCUGCAGGAGCCCAGAAGGAGGAAGAUCAAGAGGAGGAAGAUGACAUUGCCAUGGAUGCACAGGAAGAGGACCUUCAGGCUGUGGAUGCCAAGGAGCUGAAGCCAGAGCAGUUGGACUCUGCUAAAUCCAAACAGAAAGGCCUGGAGAGAACCGAGCUGGAGCCUCAGAGAAUUGGGGAUGAAGAGGAGGAUGAGGAUGAGGAGGAGAGGUCAGAGGGCAGGUGGGAUAAGGGAGAAGACCGUCCUGAGAGGAGCUGGGAGUCCACCAUCCACACGGUACCUGAGCUGCUGAUGGACACCGCACAGCCUCCCCUCAGAGACCCGGAGGAGCUGAGGAAGGAGCUGGAGCUGCAGCUGGAGGCCUGGCAGAGACAGACUCCCGGGGACCAGGAGGAGGAGAGCGCCGCGGCCGGAAUGUGGCGCCAGUACCAGCUGCUGACCUCGCCCCUGUCCCAGCAGCUGUGCGAGCAGCUCCGGCUCAUCCUGGAGCCCACCCUGGCCGCCAAGCUCAAGGGCGAUUUCCGCACCGGGAAGCGGCUGAACAUGCGGAAGGUCAUCCCCUACAUCGCCAGCCAGUUUCGCAAGGAUAAGAUCUGGCUGAGGAGGACCAAACCCAGCAAGCGGGAAUACCAGAUUUGCCUGGCCGUGGAUGACUCCUCUAGUAUGAUUGACAACCAUUCAAAACAGAUGGCUUUCGAGUCCCUGUCAGUCAUUGUCAACGCUCUCACUCUUCUGGAGGUGGGACAGGUGUCCGUGUGCAGCUUUGGAGAGACCGUGCAGCUGCUGCAUCCCUUCCAUCAGCAGUUCAAUGACCAAUCAGGAGCCAGAAUACUGAGGCUGUGUCAGUUCCAGCAGAAGAAAACCAGAAUAGCCCAGUUCUUGGAGAGCUCAGCCAACAUGUUUGUAGCAGCUCGACAUCAGUCCUAUGGCUCUAGCAGUACAGAAACCGCACAGCUCCUGCUCGUCGUGUCCGAUGGGAGGGGGCUGUUCUUGGAGGGGAAGGAGCGGGUCACGGCCGCUGUGCAGGCAGCCCGGCGCUCCAAUGUCUUCGUCAUCUUUGUGGUGCUCGACAACCCCAAUUCACGGGACUCCAUUUUGGACAUCAAAGUGCCCAUCUUCAAAGGGCCAGGAGAGAUGCCGGAGAUUCGCUCCUACAUGGAGGAGUUUCCUUUCCCCUUCUACAUCAUCCUGCGGGAUGUCAACACGCUUCCUGAGACCCUGAGCGACGCCCUGAGGCAGUGGUUUGAGCUGGUCACGGCGACAGACCAGUAGAACCGCGCAGGACCGCACAGAACCGCACAAACAUCACUCUGCUGCUAGCUAGCCCUCCGGACACGGAGGCUCCUGGACAGACCGGCCGCUCACUGUACAUGUGCCUUUUUCUUUCUAGCGUUUUAUUAAUCAUCGCAAUUUGAUAGCAACUUCUUACGUCCUCCUAGUCUUUAAGAAGACGCGUUUCAUGUUCGGUGUUUAGAAAAAGAAAGGAAGGAAUGAAGAAGGAAAGAAGUAAAACAGAUGCUGAAACUUGCAUGUCUGAUGUCUGCACAGAGUGAAAAAUGUGAUCCGUUAAAUGUGAUGUCAUCUCAGGGCUGGAACGCAGCCCUGUGAGAUGGGAACUGUUUGAAUACCUCCUCCCCCGCAGUAUUUCCUACAUAUUAGCAAUCUUUUUAAAAUGAAAGUAGCUGUCAUGUUACAUAUACAUCCCAUCUAAAGUGAAUGGAGACUACCUGCCAAUAGUAGGAUUAGCUGUUGUCAUUCAUUUCAAUUUAUUUGCACAACUAUUUGCUGAUAUGACCCACACCAUGUUUAUGUGGCAAAGAAGCAUGUUGCUAUGGUCUUGAUCAAUUUAAACAGAUUCAAAAAAUGUGCCUUGAAUAAAAGUGACGACUCGUCAUUUAUUGUAAUCGGAAAUUCUUAGUCCGAUCCAAAUUUUUUGCACCGCUUCUUUUGCAAGGGAAAGAAAAUCAAUAUUUGCUGGACAUUGAAGGCAAUACCAAAUCAAGCGAGUAAACGGCUCCCUUUUGGAAGUCACACAUGUAUGAUUUUCAGUGUUAUUGACGAUUACUUUUAGAAAGCUUUGUUUGCCGGAAAGUUUGUAUUGUGAAUACAUUAAUGGCUGUAACCUGCAUUGGAUAGCUAAGCAUGGUAAUUUGUCCCAUACACCUUCAUGAACUAUACCCUUGAAUCCUGAUGAAAUGUAGAUACAUGUUAAGAAUAAAUUCAUUUUUUGAAUAGUG